GUUUGUAGGUUUCAAAUGUAUGAUGUGACAAAAUUAUGCAUAUAAUAAUAGGUCGGUGGUUUGCCGAAAUUUGUUUCUAUAAAUAGAUGGGUAUGCAAUACAAUGGCUUUCACUAAUCCUUUUCUUUCCCCUCCUUGUUAUAUUUUGUUCCGGCGACGGCAACUGAUUCCUUUUCUGAAAUAUGUCGGAGAAGAAACCAUCCGAUGCCUCAUCUUUUUCCUUCACUUCUGAUCUCUUUGGGAUCAGAGACACUUCUUCACUCUCUUCUAAUCACAUUUUUGGCCCUGUUUUCUCUUCUUCUUUCAAGCCCUCCGGCCAGCACUCCGAAGUCGGUGGUAAAUCACCUGCUCUUUCAUACUUCCCCAAAACUGGAAAUUCCAAAUAUAAGGAAUGCAAGAAUGGGAGCACAUCAAGCAGAGAGAUGGGUUCGUUUUAUCAAGAACAGAGAACAAACCCAUGUCAUCUUAGUUCUUCAAUCUACUAUGGUGGUCAGGAUGUCUAUACUCAAAAUCCAGCAACUGGGUUCAACUCCCCUUUAAAGAGAGAUCAUGGGGGAGAAGAUGAUUCUGGCGGUGCUUCUAGAGGAAAUUGGUGGCAAGGCUCUCUUUACUAUUGAGAAACUCACACCCCGCCAUCAAGGUGCAACACACACUCCAUUACAAUAAAUAUAAUACAUGGAGAUGAAUCAUACAGGAUUUUACCAGCCAAAAUGGUAGUCGAGACAUCUACUUUUAAAGUUGGAGAGGUUCAAACUUUUAUACGUAACAUUUGUUGUACUUAAAAAGAGGAUGUUACACUAUCAUGAUAAUGGUUAUUAACAUCAUUCCAGCAAAGAAGUAGAAUGUUUAUCAAGUUGUAUUUGAAGUCUGUAUAUAAAAUAUAUAUUUGGUAAGAAAUGGAUAUGAAGACAAGAGAAUCUGGAAUUGUUUGCGCAUAGGAUAUAGUCUUAUCCUUAUCUUCAUAUACUCAUCCCAUCUUUUCUUAUACUUUAAUGACCCUAUCCAAUGUAUAAUUCUCAGAUGUUUCUUCUA